GCCGGCUGGGGAAUGAAACAUCGUAGAUUUUGUGGAACAUCUUGAGAAAGAAGAGGUCAGAUUGGGGUCAGAGAGGGAAGUGAGGAGAAUCCAGAUCCCACAUCUCUGGGAGAAGAAACUGCAAGGAAGAGCCACCCAGCCCCAUAGCAUAGCCUGUCAGGUGGAGAAGAGCAGGAGUCCACAGGUCUCCUAGAAUAACAGCCCUGAACAAGCUGGUGCCACCCUCAGCUGUGCAGGGGAUGUGGUCGUGACCCAGAGCCGGCUGACCCUACAGCAAGAGGGCUCCCAGAGCCAUGGCCCAGAUCAGCAUCAACAGUGACUAUGGCGAGUGGGGCUCAAGCUCAGACGCUGGGGAGCGGGCACGUCUGCUGCAGAGCCCCUGUGUGGACACAGCCCCCAAGAAUGAGGAGCCAGCCUCUCCUGGGGGUCCGGCCAGAGGAACCACUUCCACACUUGGGGCCAUCUUCAUUGUCGUCAAUGCCUGCCUGGGUGCAGGGCUGCUCAACUUCCCAGCAGCUUUCAGCACCGCAGGGGGUGUGGCAGCCGGCAUCACGCUGCAGAUGGGAAUGCUGGUGUUCAUCAUCAGCGGCCUGGUCAUCCUGGCCUACUGCUCCCAGGCCAGCAAUGAAAGGACCUACCAGGAGGUGGUGUGGGCUGUGAGCGGCAAGCUGACGGGCGUGCUGUGUGAGGUGGCCAUUGCCAUCUAUACCUUCGGCACCUGCAUCGCCUUCCUCAUCAUCAUCGGAGACCAGCAGGACAAGAUUAUAGCUGUGAUGACAAAGGAGCCUGAGGGCACCAGCAGCGGCCCCUGGUACACCGACCGGAAGUUCACCAUCAGCCUCACUGCCUUCCUCUUCAUCCUGCCUCUCUCCAUCCCCAGGGAGAUUGGCUUCCAGAAAUAUGCCAGCUUCCUGAGCGUCGUGGGCACCUGGUACGUCACUGCCAUCGUCAUCAUCAAAUACAUCUGGCCAGACAAAGAGAUGACCCCUGGGGACAUCCUGACCAGGCCGACUUCCUGGGUUGCCGUGUUCAAUGCCAUGCCCACCAUCUGCUUUGGAUUUCAGUGCCACGUGAGCAGUGUGCCUGUCUUCAACAGCAUGCGGCACCCUGAGGUGAAGACGUGGGGCUGGGUGGUCACAGCCGCCAUGGUCAUAGCCCUUGCUGUCUACCUGGGCACAGGCAUCUGUGGCUUCCUGACCUUCGGAGCCGCUGUGGACCCCGACGUGCUCCUGUCAUACCCCUCGGAGGACAUAGCUGUGGCUGUUGCCCGAGCCUUCAUCAUCCUGAGCGUGCUCACCUCCUACCCCAUCCUGCACUUCUGCGGGCGGGCGGUGGUGGAAGGCCUGUGGCUGCGCUACCAGGGGAUGCCGGUGGAGGAGGACGUGGGGCGGGAGCAGCGGCGGCGCGUGCUGCAGACGCUGGCCUGGUUCCUGCUCACCCUGCUGCUGGCGCUCUUCAUCCCUGACAUCGGCAAGGUCAUCUCAGUCAUCGGAGGCCUGGCCGCCUGCUUCAUCUUCGUCUUCCCAGGGCUGUGCCUCAUUCAAGCCAAACUCUCUGAGAUGGAGGAAGUCAAACCAGCCAGCUGGUGGGCACUAGUCAGUUACGGAGUCCUAUUGGUCACCCUGGGAGCCUUCAUCUUCGGCCAGACCACGGCCAAUGCCAUCUUUGUGGAUCUGUUGGCAUAACCAUCGGUUCUCAGGGAACACACACCUUGGCCAUCAACUGCAGGAACUUGUCACAUAGAACUGUGGGGCCAUCUGAAGUCUGGCA